CCCAAAGUGUAAAUGAGGCAGAAUGGAGCCGGAGGCGGGGGGUGAGAGCCAGCGGGCCCCCAGCGUCCCCUGGCGCAGCUACAAGCUGGUGGUGGACCCCGCGCUGCGCCGCGCCCCCCAGAAGGUGUACCGCUACGAUGGCGUCCACUUCAGCGUCCCCGAUUCCGGGUACCGCCCCGAGGGCGACGUGCGGGACCCGCGGCCCCGGCGCAUCUGGGCCAAGCACCGCGACCUCUCCUUGCCCGUCCCCAAAUUUAAGGUGAGUUUGGGGGGUUUUGGGGGAUCUUGGUGGGGUUUGGGGGAUCCCAACGGGAUUUGGGGGAGCUCGAUGGGGUCUUGGGGAUCUUGA